AGCGUUGCAGCAUCAGCUGAUAUGAAGGGUGGGCUGGGGCAACAAGCAAACGCUCUCUUGGGUUUGGAGACGCCCGCAACGAAACGGGAAGAGAAAAAAUAGAUUGAGAAAAUAAAACAAAAACCACACACCCCCAUCACAAGCGUUUCGAACCCUUUUCUUUUCGUUUACUGGUACUGGUACUGAGAGUUGUAAGGAUAGAGACGUUCUCAUUGCGUACAUUUAUCGCACUGCUCGGCUUGCUGUGCCUGUUGCCCUAACUACGAUAGUGCCCUGUGUGUGUGUCUUAAGAACAUUGCGGCGAUAAGCGAUUUCCGCCAGACGGGCAGUGGUCGACAGCGCGGAACCGAAACAGAGCCACAUGGUUGGUCGUUCCACGCUUCCCAGUUCCGAGUUCAGUUCAGUACUGCGUGUGACUGAGCAGGAUACGUCGCACUCUUACGCUAUUUAUCCCGUGUAUCCGUUAAAGGACGGGCAAAACAAUGUUAACAAAACCCAUUUCCCGGCCUAAAACGGCCGUCGUUGCAGUGGUGGUGCUUCUUUCUCUGCUGCUCCACGCUACAGAGGCACGCGAUCGAUCAUUCGCUUUGCUCGACUGUCCUCCCGAGUGUUUGUGCGACCGACCACUUCAACCGGAAGUGUGGACUGAAGCCAACCGGACGUCCAAAGCGUCGUCCACAACACAGGAUGAUUUCGAAGGUAAUGCGGAAUUACUGGGCGAUAAUGAAGAUUCUACCGGCUCGUUCCAUGCCCUGUGUAUGGUCGCCCAAGGCGCAGGGUUUGAGAAGAUCGAAGAUCUUCUAUCGCUCGAUACAACGGUGCUGAAAAUAAUUUACACUUCCCAGACGGAACAAUAUCAGCUGAAUGCUUCCAAUCUGGUUCGCUUCCACCAUCUAAGAGAGCUUCAUGUGCAGUCGCUGCAAGCGCAACUGUUACGCUUUUCGCUCGAUGCGGAACUGCCCGUGGCCCGACUACAUCUGGAAUCGCUCGAGCUGGUGCGCACGGAACCACCGACCGUACUGGACCGUACGCAACCUUCACUCACCGGGUUGGGCUUACAGUCUUCCCCCGAUGCCACCGCUUACCAGAUCGUGGCUACUGACGAGGAGGAAGAGAUCGUGGUCGAUGGGGCUAACGGGGCUGAUUCACUAACCGAAACGUUCGAGCUAGAGAUUGUGCCGUACGAGGUGUACAAGCGCGAGCUGGCUAGCACCAGCAACGUGUCGUUUUACGGCUGGUCCAACCUAACCGCACUGUCCAUCCACGACUGUCAGCUAGAGUCGCUGCAUCCCGACUUCCUGUACGGGCUCGACCGGCUCCAGCGUCUGUCGCUGCAGCACAACAACCUCAAGAUACUGCCACCGUUUGCGUUCUACGGUGCACCGAACAUGCGGCUCCUUUCGCUCGCCAACAACCGGCUGCUCGAGGUCAGCUACUACUCGCUGGCCGGCCUGCUCGAGCUGCAGGUGCUCGAUCUGUCCGCCAACAACAUCUCCAAGGUGUCGGAGCUUACCUUCCCCCCGUUCCCGAAGCUGGCCAAGCUCGAUCUGCGCCAGAACCCGAUCGAGUACGUGUUCGACAGCUCGUUCGCGAUCGCCAACAUGACCCGCUCGCUGUUCCUCGGCAGCGACCAGGUCGGGCUGCAGAUUGGCACACCGAAACCGUUCCAGGGGCUGGCCGCGAUGGAGCUGCUCGAGAUACGCAAUCUGCAGCUGCCCGCCCUCAACCAGUACCUCUUCCGGGGGCUCCGUUCGCUGCGCACGCUGCGCCUGCUGCAGGGCAACAUUUCGUUCGUCGAGUACGACAGCUUCGCGGAGAUGAAGAACCUAACCGAACUGUACGCGUCACGCUGUGCCAUCGCAACGCUUUCGAUGGAUGCGUUCUUCGGCGUGAAGCGGCUACGAAUAGUCGACCUCUCGCACAAUCUACUCACCGAGCUGCCGGUCGGACUGUUCGACGAGCUGCUGCAGCUGGUUGAGCUGUACCUGCACGGCAAUCGGCUGACCCAGCUACCGACCGAUUUCUUCCGCCGGCUCGCGCCGGGCGUUCAGAUCGUGCGCCUCAUCGACAACCCGUGGCAGUGCAGCUGCACGAUGGUACAGUGGCGACAGGCGGCCACCAACCGGCUCAAGAUAUCGUCCUCCUCCGACAAUCCGCUCGCUGCGUACGUGUACAGCAACAAGCUGACGCCGCGCUGCAGCGACCCGGCCCAGGGCAUCCAGAAUCGCAGCGUCUACUAUGUGAUUCGCAAAAAUCUCCACUGCCAGAUCGAUAGCAACCAGGCGCACAAGAUUGCGCAGCGCAUCAGUGAGCUGAAUCGCAGGAAGCAGCAGGCGCUGUUGCAGAAGCGUUACCACCACAACUACCACCGGGGAGGAGCAGUAGCAGCACCAGCACCAUCCGUUCGUGUGGCCCUCGCGCACAACAACGGCGUACGACCCAGUGCGGCAGUGAACGGUAUCAUGCCGGGGGGUGUAAACAUCGUGCAAGUCUACCAGAAACCGCACCAAUCACUGCUCUACCAACAGAAACGCCAGCGACUGCAACAGAAGCUGCAGAAAAGUCAGUCCCGGUACGCGACGUCAGCGGCGGCGGCGGCGCCUGCGGCAAAUGUACCCACGCCACAGCAACGCAUCACUAGCAACGACAUUGAAUACUAGAUGGCUCCCUCCGCUUGAAGUGCAACAAUCGAGCGAAAAAGGGCCCAUCAUACUUAGCAGUGUAAGCACCAGCAACAGGCGCAUUCGUGUGUG